UCGCUGCGGGCCUGAACGAAGACGACAACAUGGCAGCGGGUAGUGUUCUUCCCACCUAUCAACGCUAUGUAAAUGGUGUGCCUGUACCUCAAGGACGCAAAACACUGCGUUUAAGAGAGAAAUACAUAAUUUUAUUAGUGUUUUUAACAUUUGGAAUUGUAUGUUUUGGGGCAUUUUUCUUUUUACCCGAUCUCCGAGACCGUGUUACAAUGGACGAAAUGAGAAAACAUAUCCAAGAAGCUGGAAACGUCAUAUUUUUCCCACAGGCCGAACUUGGGGCAGACGGCCACCCUCUGGGUGGGGCCAAAGUUUUGAGGCAUGGUGAUAUGAUCGAUCCUCAUAAGAUAGUUGACAAGGCGGAACUUAGAAAAAAAAUCGAUGUGGCAUGGGAACAGCAAAAACUGAAUGAAGUUCUUGGUGAUAAGUUAAAUAUGAAACCCGAGGAUGCUCAAGUGAUGAAAGAUAAAGUUCAGGAAGAGAAGAAUAUAAUCUUGAUGAAGAAGAAAGAAGAAGACAAUUUAGCAAAACAAGAAGAAAUGAAGAAACAGCUUGAAGUUGAAAAGGAGCAUGGUGGGCAUGCUUUGCCUGAUGAAGCAGCCGGGGGGUCUCAUGAUGAUGAAGAAAACAGGAUGAGGAGAGAGAAAGUAAAAGAGAUGAUGAAACAUGCCUGGUCAAACUAUGAGAAACAUGCUUGGGGGGCAAACGAACUUCGACCCAUCUCAAAACGAGGUCACACCGCUAGUAUCUUCGGAACCCUGUCUCUGGGAGCCACAAUUGUUGAUGCCAUCGAUACGCUGUAUUUGAUGGGCAUGAAUGAGGAGUUCAAGAAGGCCCGAGACUGGAUUGCUACAAGUUUCCACUUUGAUGGGUCAACUGAAUUAUCUGUGUUUGAGACCAACAUCCGGUUUGUUGGUGGACUGCUGGCUUCCUAUGCUCUGUCUGGGGACACGAUGUUCAAGAACAAGGCGAAGGAUAUUGCGGACAAGCUGCUCCCAGCCUUCAACACCCCGACGGGCAUCCCACAGUCCAUGGUCAACAUCAAGACUGGCAGUAGUCGGAACUGGGGGUGGGCGUCUGGUGGCUGCUCUAUCCUGGCUGAGUUUGGAUCUCUGCAUCUGGAGUUCGCCUACCUGUCGGCCAUUACGGGGGAUGAUACAUACCUCAAGAAGGUUCUGAAGAUCCGGGAGGUGCUGCGACAGCUGGAGAAGCCUAACGGGCUGUACCCCAACUACCUGAACCCUCGGACUGGCAAGUGGGGGCAGCUUGCGGUGUCAGUUGGGGCUCUAGGAGACAGCUUCUACGAGUACCUCCUUAAGCAGUGGAUCAUGUCGGGCAAGACGGACACAGUCGCCAAGGAGAUGUACGAUGAAGCAGUGAAGGGUAUUGAGGACAAGCUGAUCCAGACGUCCAGCGGAGGCCUCAAGUACUUCGCUGAAUACAAGUCCGGGCGUCUGGAGCACAAGAUGGACCAUAUGUCCUGCUUUGCUGGUGGAAUGUUUGCUUUGGGAGCUGAGGAUUCCAAUGACAAACAGAAAUAUCUCAAUCUUGGUGCUGAGAUAAGCAAGACUUGCUACCAGUCUUAUGACCGAUCACCAACGAAACUUGGUCCUGAGGCAUUCCGAUUUGACAGCACAACAGAAGCCAAAGCUACAAGACAGAAUGAAAAGUACUAUAUCCUCCGCCCUGAGGUGAUAGAAACUCACUUCUAUAUGUGGAGGUUCACCAAGGACAAGAAGUACCGAGACAUUGCCUGGGAGGCUGUGCAGGCUCUGGAGAAAUGGUGCCGUGUGGAAGGCGGCUUCACGGGGAUCCGAGAUGUCUACCAGAUCAACCCCCCACAGGACGAUGUACAACAGAGCUUCUUUUUAGCUGAAACACUAAAAUAUUUAUACCUUAUUUUCUCUGAGGAUGAUCUUUUACCUCUAAAUAAAUGGGUACUAAAUACUGAGGCACAUCCCUUACCCAUCUUGUCCUGAAUUUUUUUUCUCUACUUAAAAUUUGAUCGUCAUUGAAAUGUGCACAAAACCUUGGUCUUCUUGAAAGAAAGUCUUACCAGCAACUUCUAGUGCAUGUUGUCGGUGGAGUAUUCUAGGCAUUUCCUAUGUGUUCUGAAUGGCUGUAUGUGUAAAUAUCUGUUGAUGGCGCAGUGUGCAAGGGUUUGGGAGACUUGAUAAUUUAUCACCAUAUUAAUAUUGUGUUUUUGUCUGUGAACAGAGAAGCAUCGUCAUGUAUUAUACGUACCUGGGUAGUAUUGGUUUGAUUAAAUCAAUAAUUAAAACAUAUGUAUAUACGUGUAAUAAUUAUUUCAUAAUAUAUGUGUUAAACAACGUUAUCUGUAGAUGAAGCAAAGAGAUGUAUAAGUGUGAUUAUUAACACAAGUUUAUAAUUGUAUUGUAGUAUCGUCAGUGAUGAUAUUGUGAUUAUUAUUAGCCCAUAUAUUGUAUGAUCAUGUAUGAAAAAUAAGUGGUCGAUGUUUCUUUGAAAAAAAUGGCAGGUUUUAAGAAUGAAACACUUGUGUUUCCAGAGAAGAGUCACAAAAGUAACAUUUCAAUAUAACAUGAUACCUGUGAUUGACUUACAGGUCGAUGACCCCACAAUGAUUUCAGGUCGAUGGCCCCACAAUGAUUGCCUUAUCAUUUAGGGUUUUGCAGGGUUGUAAAAAAUGAAAUAGCAAUACCUCGUAUACAGCUGAAGGUAUGACUGUCUUUUUACCUUGGAGUUCUAAAGGAGACAGGGUAGCCAUGGUUUAGGUGCUGCAAUUUCACUGUACAGGAUUGUGCCCUGAAUGUGGGUUCAGAUCUCAGAUUUGACCUGAUUAUUAUGCCCGGUCUGUUGUUUCACCAAAGUUGUCAUCAUUCUGGACCAUUUGGAGUUUUCCUCCGUCAUAAAGUUGACAUGCAGUAACAUGACUGAUAUACUGAAAGUUUAACUCUCAUGUUUCCUUCCAUGUAUAGGGAUGAGAAUUUUGCCUGGAUUUUGUUACCUCAAGAGUUGCGUCUUUAGAUGAAACCCUUUCUCUAGUUCCUGGAGCUGACAGCAUGUACACAUGCAUACACCAUGUAGGGUUGUCUCCGCCACAACCUCGUAGUUUUAAGAUUUUUAAUUUAUUCAAAUAUACAGCCUAAAUUUUAGGAUUGUGUCCCCAAGGUUGAGGAUAUAAUA